GGAAAUGAAUUUGUCCAAGGAUAGGAUCCGAUUGGACGAAAUACUGCCGCCGGCGAAGGCCGAGGAGUCGCCGGAAUUUUUGCCGGCGGUGACGGUGGAAGAUGCGAGGAAGCUGAUGAGAGCAGCGGGGAUGGAGAUGGUGAAAUCGCGGCUGAGAGAAAUCGGGAGGAAUUGGGUUCCCUAUUCGGAGUUUGUUCGGGUUUGUGGAGAAGCCUAUUCGGAUCCUGAACAAGGUGUUCGGGUCGCGAAUAUGCUCGACGAGUCCGGAAACGUCAUCGUUCUUGGAAAGUUCGUUUGCCUAAAGCCCGAAGAGAUUACAAGAGCCGUGGAAGGUCUGAUUCCGACACACGAAUCCACUCGUGACGCAACGAGAAGACGGGAAGAGUUACAGAAACUCGAGGCUGUGAAAUCGGAGAUCGACAAACGAGCAGACGAAAUGGUCCGACGUGAACUAUGGGCCGGACUGGGGCUUCUGAUGGCCCAAACCAUUGGGUUCUUUAGGCUGACGUUUUGGGAGCUAUCGUGGGACGUGAUGGAGCCCAUCUGCUUCUACGUGACUUCGACGUAUUUCAUGGGCGGCUACGCCUUCUUCCUCACCACUUCCAAGGAGCCUUCCUUCGAAGGUUUCUACAAGAGUCGCUUCGAGAAGAAACAGAAACGUUUGAUGGAAACCCGUAAUUUCGACGUCCAUCGAUAUAACGAGCUUCGAAGUACGUUCCGUCCAGAAUCGUUUGGAUCCCGUCCACGUUGGUCGUGAUUACCAUUUGCUUUGUUGUUUUUUUACCACUAGGAGAAUAUGAAAUGUACAUGUGUUUUGAGGAUUUCAUACGGCAAAUGUAGGGGA